GUUAGUGGAAGUAUUUUUGUUUUAUUUCCUGAACUUUUUAAAAUAGAAAAUGUGGGACAAUGACCUAGAAUUGAAGUUUAUAGAGUUUUUUCAAGCAGAGCCCAUAUUAUGGGACACAAAACACCGAAAUUACAAAAACAAGAAUCUAAAUCACGACGCGUGGGGUAGAAUUGCACAAUUGAUGGACCUACCAAUACCAGAUCUCAAGAAGAAGAAGGAAUCUCUUUUUGCAAGUUAUCGGAAAUACAGAAAGAUGGUUAAAGAUUCCUACCAAUCGGGUGAUGGGGAAAAUGAAUUUUACAAACCAGUAUGGUUUGCAUAUGAGGCUUUGGGUGGAUUUCUGAGUGAUGGACUUGCUCCGAAGAUAACAAUAAAUACGCAAUCAAGGGAUGAACAGCCAGGCACAAGUACAAUUAUUUCAGAAGAGGAAAUAAUGAAUAAUCCAGGAGAAACCAAAAAUGAAAUAACAACACCACGAACUGGUCGUUCUCGUUCCCUUCAGUGCGAGGUAAAAGAGGCCGGAAGGCAUGUGAAGGAGGCACUGAGUUUGUUUCAAGAAAGUGUUAAAAGAAGAGAGUCUCAAGAACCCCCGGAUGACUGUGAAAUAUAUGGCAUGGGGUUAGCCAAGAAAUUAAGAGCUUUCUCUGAAGAAGAACGACUAGAAAUCAUGUAUGAGUUCGAUGCCAUAAUUCUCAAUCGUCGACGAACAAAGCAACCAAACAGGUUCACAAACACAGUAUUUAAUCCAUCUUCAGAAUACACUCGAUCUUCAUCUGCUAUAUCUUCCCCUUCCCCUGGUAUCUCUUGCUACUCUGAACCUCUGUCACACAAAAUGGCUUCUAUACAAAAUGUCCGUAUGACAGAUUCCGCAUCGCCGGAGAUUCAUACAUCAGAAGUAGAACAUACACUCCUAGUGUAUUCUAAACCACUACAAAUUCAGACACCAUCCAAAGAAAAAUAUACAAUUCAAAUGUAUUCUGAAUCACCACAAGUUAAUGUCUUACAAAAUGCAGAUGCACAAAGUAGCUCAAACAUACACAUUAUUUCGGACGACCUAUUGAGAAGUACCUAUCGUUCUGAUGUUAUUUGUAAUGCCUUUAAUAAUGCUUAG